AUAACAUUCGCUUGCUUGCUUUCUUUCGAGCGUAAAUAUCGAGAAAUUGGCCCCUUUUUCUUUGAGACUAGCAAGUGAUAUCAGACUGAUGGUAUCGCUAACAAGCCUUGGGCUUAAGCUCAAAUCGAGAGAUUCGCCACCGGCAAAGGCAGAUUCUGAUGUUGUUUGCGAAGCGUUGAUGAUGGAGUUGGAGUGUCAAAUCAAAGACAUCGAGAGGAUUAAUCGAGAAGGGGAAAGGGAAAAGAAGAGAAUGGCUAACAUAGCGGACUAUUCUUGGCUCAUAUCCACGCCGCAAAAGUCGUUUGAAAUUCCUCAGAUGGAGCGACUGGCCCUUGAGCAGUUAGCCUCAAAAGUUCGACCCGAGGACAGUGGGAACGUAAUUUCUGAAUUCAGAAGUAUUAUUGAAGGUAUACCGCGAGACGUCAAAGAAAUACCCCAAGUUAUGCGGUGUAUAAUUGAUAAGCAUUUGUUAGAAACAUCGCAAGAUAUCGAGGAGUCGACAUUUCGAUGGUUAACGCGUAGCAUGUCGCAGCUAAGAACUUUAUCGAACCACACAUCAGGGAAAGUGUACCCAGUUACAGACGACCUUGAACUUCAAGAACGUCCAGAGCCAAGGCGAGUGAAAAGUAUGUCUGACUUUCCCCGUUCGAGAGAACUAAAUAUGUCUGUAUAACUGCUUACUUCGAUGUUUCCAUUGGUUGUGUUAUAUCGUUAUUCUGUUACAGGUAUCUCUGAAUGUUAAUCGUGAUCCGUGAAAUCGUGCCUAUUUUUCGUGUAACUCAAUUUUUCAAGGAAGUCUGAUUAAGUAUUGAGGUAGAUUUAUUUAAAGAAACAUACCUCAAGAUACUACAAUGUCUUUUGCAAAUAUUUUGAUAUACGGCUGUUGACAGCAACAGCUACAAUUCUUUAAUUUAUUUAUCUUUCCUCUUCCAUAUUGACUCAAAGAUUUUUAUAUUAUUUAAUAAGGUAAUAGGAACGGCAAUGUACAUACGUUAAAAAUUAAUGUGAUUGAAAAAUUGCUUUUGCGGUCACCGUUGUAACAAAAUUUUCAGUACAGGGCUACCUGCGCUUUGAUAUUAUGGUUAAAUAUAAUUUAAUAGAGCCCUGUUUAUGAAUACUUUGUCGUUUCAAAUACGUCACUAUUUGUUGAUUUGAUUUUCUUCUGUAGAGUCUUGGUCAUCUGAUUUUUACAAAUUUGGCAGUGAGAGUCAUUAUGUAGCUUUCUAUUGAUACAGCUCACUGUUUUAACCGUAACACCAGUGUGAAAAUUUUCCAUUUCCAUUUCCUGUGUUGUUGAUAAGCAGAAUUGUUUGAACCAUCGAGAAUUUUGUCACUUGACAGUCAUGUCCCUCAGUGUUUGUUUCAGGGCUGAUACUUUAUCAGGAAAUAUGGUACUCAGUUGUCAAUCCUAAUGGGCCUAAGGGUUAACUGGUUAGGAAGCAAUUUUUAAUUUGUAUUGAUAUAUUAGUUUUGCAUACAAACAGAAAUGCAACAAAAAUCCAUACACGGGUGUAUUUAUCAUUUACAUUGCUGAUAUUUAUAGAUCUGUUUGUAACAAAUAACCACUUUAAAAGAUAUAUUUAUUGGGUACAAGGAUGGCUUAAUGUUUUGUCUUGGGGGAGGUGAACUGCCAUUAAAUUGCAGUCAAACCUAGUUGUAAUUGUUUAUUUAUUGUUAAUAGAAUUUUAUGUGAGGUCCAUUUUAUCUAGGUUUCAAGUCAAUAUAAUAUGUCUUUCUUUGCUUUAUGUUCUUUAUCUUAAUCCAAAACAGAGGAAAUGAAAAAAGAGGGUUUGACAGAUGUUAAACCAAGGAAGAAUACAAACUAGAACAUUUAAUUUACAGAAUUACUUUUCUCUGACCACCAAUGAAUGUUCUUAUUGUUACUGAUCAAACUUAUACAUUUAAUCUGUGGAACCUCAAAGAACUGCUUCAUGUAGUUAUGAUGGCAAAAGAGGAACAUGGUAUGUUUAAUUUUACUUUGUUUUCAUUUGUUUUCAUAGCCAUGCAUACAUGUGACUGUCUGAAUGUCUGAAAUAAUUUAUCACUUUGUUUGAAUAUA